UCUGGUCGGCGUCGAUAAAAUUUUGUGUUUGACACAGCAGGCAGAAAGUUCGGUCUCGCGCGGUUCGCAAAAAAGUGUCCAAAUUUCGCGUGAAAUCCGUUCCGGCGCGGGCCAAAAGUAUCCCCAUCCGUCGCGGAAUCCGGUGGCGAACCGUUUGUGCAUAUUUUCCGACCCGGAAAGGUACCGCUCGACGGUAAAAAGUGACCAUAAAGUUCUUUUUUCCCAUAUAUUUUUUGGGCUGAGAUCCCCCGCCGCAAAGCAAAGAAGAGCUCUCGGUCGGGUCUUGCGUUUCGUUUGCGUCGUGCGCUUUGCGAGGAAGGCGAAAGGAAAAAAGGUCGCCAUGACAGUCGUCGGGUCGGCUCGAUCUCAGCUCAGCAGCGACAGCUUCUAGACGAAGAAAAAACCGAAAUUUUUCCAUCGAAAAGCAGUCUGUGCCCUCCGCGCUUCGUUUAUUUUCCGGUCAUUUUUCGAGCCGAAUUUUUCGCCGACAUUAAACCGAAGCAAGAACAGUUGCACAAAAAAAAGUUCUAUUUUAUUUAUAAAAUACAAAAAAGCGAAAAAUAUUUUAGUGGAUAAGUGCCGCGAAUGUGGAAAGUGAUCAAAGAGUGUGUGCGGGCGUUCGGGGUGUUUGACGGCCGUAAGAAAAGUAGAGCGGAACUAGUGCUAAACGAUCUGUGAUCUGAUUGGAAAUAUGUUAGAAAGUGAAGAAGGCAAGUGAAAAGAAAAGCAAUCGGCAAUAAAAUAAGAAGAAAAAAGUGCGUUCGUGAGAACAAAGAGCGAAAGAAGCAGCUAAGCAGCAGUGUUAUUUUUAUAGAGGGUGGUCUUCUGGAUUGGGGCUCCGUUCCGGCAAAUGGAUUCCGGUAAUCCUCUUCUCCGUCAGCAGCAGCAGCAAGUUCUUCCACAUUUGGAACGGGAGCACCGCCAGCACCACCACUACCAGUACCUCCAACCUCCGCUUCAACAACAACAACAGCAGCAGCAGCAGGCGGCAGCGGCGACACUACUACAAGUGCAACAACAUCACCAUCAACAACAGCAGCGAAUUAAAACUGGUUGGGGUGCGGCGACGUCAGCUACAGCAGCAGCAGCAGCCGCGGCAUCGUCUUUCAUACAAAAUAUUGUCAGCACUGCCGUCAGUAGCACCAGCGGAGGAGGAGAGCUUUUGAUAUGUCAGUCAUAAUUGGAAGAUAGAAAAAUAGCUCCUUCUGUUAAAAAACAAAAAAAAAAAAACACACACACAUUUGCUGUGUCCUUUUAACCAAUUUCGAUCAUACAACCCUAUUUUUUGUUGAUUAUUUCUAAAGGAAGUAAAACAUUAGCUACAAGCAUUGAAUUCUCCGUUCACCAUCAAGAGUGCUAGCAUCAAAUGAAACUCGCAGCCGAGUUUUCAGCAGCAAUUAGUGGUUACCAAGAGCCAGCGGCUACCAUAGCGAACGUGACCCGGGCCUAAAUCAACAGAAAUGAAUAAAUUUUGGGUGCUGACCAAUUUGAUUCAAAAUUCAAACGUGUAUCCACUACCUAAAGUUGAGCAUCCGCACCACCAACAAUCGGAUCAACAGCAACAUCCUCCGUCGUCGCAACAUCCGCAACAACAGCAGCAACAUCAACAACCGCCUCCGUCCCAUCAGCCGCCAUCAUCGACGACAUCGUCCAAGGGAGGAGGAAGUCGGCAUCCUUCCGGUGGCGGGAAUCACUCAUUGGGCCCGGCUGCGCCGGGACUCUACCAUCAGCCGGGCGGCGUUCCUGGUCCAACACCACCAAGCGCCAGCUCGGCUCCAACUGUACCCGCAUCCGCCAUAGGAUCGUCACACUUAACGAACCUUUCCGGACCUGCUGCCAGUGCGCACAGUAGUAGGGGCAGCAGUGGCCAUCCGGCAGCACCGCCUGGAGCACACCUGCAGUUGAACGGAACGGUGCCGUCGGACCACUCGAAACCCCAGUAUUUAGGCAACAUGCAGGUACAUCCGGCGCACAGUGGCAGUACCCAUCAUGCGCCUCCGCCGCCAACGCAGGGCCCACCGCAGGCACAUCCGCCUCCUCCGCAGCCGAUACCGAUCGUAAAGCCGGAGUUCAAGAUGCCCACGAUACCUGCCCACCUGAUGGACGUGCGCGGUCCGGACGGGUCGAUCGUCAAGAUCAACAUGCCGGAGCACCACGAUCCGAGCAAACCGCCCAACAACGUCGAAAUGUUGAAAGUCAACAUCGAGGAUCUCAGUCAAUUUCUGUCGUACCACGAAGUCUUCGGAAAGUUACCUUCCGACAUGCUAACGGGCCCGUCCGCUAGCCUAGUGCCAUCUUCUGCUACCAAUACCGCGACGACCAGCUCCGGUCACAGUAAUGGUAAAUUGAACCACAUCCGUCAGCUUCCUCAAGGCGAAUCGCCAUUCAAGUGCAGCUACUGCGCCAAAAGUUUCACCCGGAAGGAACACCUAACGAAUCACGUGCGCCAGCAUACCGGCGAAUCGCCCUACCGUUGUCCGUACUGUGGCAAAACCUUCACCCGGAAGGAACAUCUUACGAACCACGUCAGAUUGCACACGGGCGAAACUCCCUACCAGUGCACAUAUUGUGGGAAGAAAUUCACCAGAAAAGAACACCUUACCAACCAUGUCAGGUUACACACCGGAGAGACCCCGUUCCAGUGCACUUAUUGCGAGAAGAAAUUUACGCGAAAAGAACAUUUGACAAAUCACACGAGGUUACAUACCGGCGAAACUCCCUUCCAGUGCUCGUACUGUCAGAAGAAAUUCACCCGCAAAGAGCAUUUAACGAAUCAUGUCAGAUUACAUACUGGAGAAACCCCCUUUCAGUGUACCUAUUGCGAAAAGAAAUUCACGCGCAAAGAGCAUUUAACGAAUCAUGUCAGAAUACACACUGGCGAGACUCCGUACCGGUGCACGUAUUGUGAGAAGAAAUUUACCAGAAAAGAGCGUUUGACGUAUCACAUAAGAUGGCACACCGGAGAAACUCCUUAUCAUUGCACAUAUUGCGAGAAAAAAUUCGCACGAAAAGAACAUUUAACAAACCAUGUCAGAUUACAUACCGGUGAGACGCCCUAUCAUUGCACCUAUUGCGAGAAAAAAUUUACCCGCAAAGAGCAUUUAACGAAUCAUGUCAGAUUGCACACUGGAGAGACUCCCUAUCAGUGCACAUAUUGCGAGAAGAAAUUCAGUAGAAGAGAGCGUUUAACGAUUCACACAAGAAUACAUACCGGAGAGACCCCUUAUCGAUGCACAUAUUGUGAUAAGAAAUUUACCAGAAAAGAGCGUUUAACGUAUCACAUAAGAUUACAUACUGGAGAGACCCCCUAUCAGUGUACCUAUUGCGAGAAAAAGUUUACCCGCAAAGAGCAUUUAACGAAUCAUGUCAGAUUGCACACCGGAGAGACUCCCUAUCAGUGCACUUACUGCGAGAAGAAAUUCACUCGAAAAGAGCAUUUAACCAACCACACGAGAUUGCACACCGGAGAGACCCCUUAUCAUUGCACCUACUGUGAGAAGAAAUUUAUGCGAAAAGAACACUUGAAAAAUCACGUCAGACUACACACCGGAGAGACCCCUUAUCGAUGCACAUAUUGUGAUAAGAAAUUUACCAGAAAAGAGCGCUUGACGUAUCAUAUAAGAUUGCAUACUGGAGAAACUCCCUACCAGUGUACGUACUGCCAGAAGAAGUUUACGCGAAAAGAACAUUUAACCAAUCACACCAGAUUACACACUGGCGAAACUCCGUACCAUUGCACUUACUGUACGAAGAAGUUUGCUCGCAAAGAGCAUCUCACAAACCAUCUCAGAUUACACACUGGCGAGACUCCCUACCAAUGCACGUACUGUUCGAAGAAGUUCACUCGCAAAGAACAUCUCACAAACCAUCUCAGAUUGCACACCGGGGAAACUCCCUACCAGUGUAACUAUUGCCAAAAGAAGUUCACCAGAAAAGAACACUUAACGAACCACGUCAGAUUACACACGGGCGAGACUCCUUAUCAGUGCUCGUAUUGCCAGAAGAAGUUUACCAGAAAAGAGCAUUUGACGAAUCAUACCAGAUUGCACACUGGAGAGACUCCUUAUCAUUGCACCUAUUGCGAGAAGAAAUUUAUGAGAAAAGAGCAUUUAACGAACCAUGUCAGAUUGCACACCGGAGAAACUCCCUAUCAGUGCACAUAUUGCGGGAAGAAAUUCACCCGAAAAGAGCAUUUAACCAAUCACAUCAGAUUGCACACUGGAGAGUCUCCUUAUCGGUGUGAGUACUGUAACAAGUCUUUCACCAGAAAAGAACACCUCAAGAAUCAUAUCAGGCUUCACACCGGUGAUUCGCCGCACAAAUGCGAGUACUGCAACAAGACGUUCACUCGGAAGGAGCAUCUCAACAAUCACAUGCGCCAGCACAGCGGAGACAAUCCACACUGCUGCAAUGUGUGCAACAAGACGUUUACACGAAAGGAGCACCUGAUUAAUCACAUGAGCCGAUCGCACACCGGCGAGCGUCCGUUCCAGUGCGAUGAGUGCGGCAAGUCGUUCCCGCUCAAGGGCAACCUGCUGUUCCACCAGCGCAGCCACACGAAGGGGCAACCGAUGGAGCGGCCGUUCCGCUGCGAUAUGUGCCCGAAGGACUUCAUCUGCAAGGGACAUCUGGUGUCCCAUCAACGAUCUCAUACCGGCGAAAAGAAUCACCACUGCCCGCAGUGCAGCAAGUCGUACGUCGAGCGGGGCAACAUGCUGCGGCACAUGAAAAAGACGCAUCCGGACGCGGUGAUACCGGUGCUACCGAAGCUGCCGCACAUCAAGGUGGAACCCAAGUCCACCGGUGAGUACUUAUCUCAGCCAACGUCGGUGGUGACGUCCCCGGCUCAGGCCACGUCCACAAUAACAUCGAUCAUCUCCAAUACUCAUCCAUCGCAGCACCAUCACAUUCAACCGAAAAUGGAACAGAAAUCUCAGAUACAUCAUCUUCCGAUUCCCCAUCAGCAUCAGGCUCACCAGUUGCACCACCACAUCUCGCCAUCGAUGCAUCUGCCCCCACCAAACCCCCAACAGCUGGCAGCACUCGCCCUGCAUCAUCAGGUGGCCCAGCAACAACAGCAACAACAACAAUCCUCACCCUCAACGGGCCGAGCACAGCCUUCUCCUCGUACAUCACAUCCGCCGCCGCAGCAGCAGCAGCCGCUUCCACAGCAACAGCAGCAGCCGGUGCCGCUCCAGGUCCCCCAGGUGCCACCGGGCCCCCCGGAAAACCAACAGCAGCCCCAGCAGCCGCAGCAGCCGGGCCCGGGCCAAACUGGACCCCUGCCACCACCACACCAUACGGUCCCGGUUACUAUUAUAACCCACGCUGGCACAAUUAAUCCGAUGCCAGACGGUCUCAACAAUCGGGUUGGCACGAUUCAGAUGCACCACCUGAAUGCGGCCCAGGCAGAAGAGCACACGGUGGUUUACUAAAUCAAGAUCAACUCUAAUCAGAACUAGUAGUAGAGUUUGCAUGCCCAAGUCUGACUCCACCAAAGACUAACCAUGCGAUCCACAUAAGGAAGGAAACAGUACAGAUUUGCAAUUAGUAGUUUUUAGAUCAGAACAAACACAUUGUAGGAGGAACAUUACUCGUAACCAGUAAUAGACAUAAUGGAAAAAAAUGUAUGCGACAGAAGAAAAAAAGUACUAAAACAAAUAUGUAAUAUAUACAAUUAUAUAUACACGAAAACAACAAAAACAAACAAUAACAAAAAAGAUGGAUAACAUAUUGGAUCGGUAUCAGAUAUCGAUAAAAAACUAACUGAAAGUAAUAAGUAAACAUAAAAUUAAACAAAAACAGUUGCAAAACAACAGACACACAAAAUAACGGUAAUUUAGUGAAAGAGUAACAAAAUUGGAAAUAUGCUAAAGUGACGUAUAUAUUAUUAGUAGUGACAGCAAAUGCAACACAAAAAGCAAAGAAACUGACUGUUUACAACGUUCUUUUUUGUUCGAUACGUGCAAACAGCAGCAUUAGCAGCCAGUCGUGAUAGUAAGAGAAACCCAACAGACACCGUUAUAAAAAAGCAGUGAAUAAAACAUAAAAACAAACACAAAACCCUUAGGUAAAGCUAUUACAAGAUGAUCAUAGAAAUCAAUACUUAAACAAGUAAGCAAAUUGUUGAAAAUAGGUGAAAUAAACAAAUAGUAAUUGAUUUUACCCCGCAGUUGAAUAAAGUAAAACAAGUUAAUCAGAGAACUGAACGCAGGAGAAAGGUUGCUGGACAAACUCAAGCGAAACACUGGAACACAAAGUUUUCGGCACGGGAAAUAACAAGAGAUAUGAUGCGCAAGUUCGAUUCGAGCCUGAACUGAAGCCAAGGAUGGAAACCAACAACAACAUCAACUGUUGCGAACAAAGCAAGGCAACACUAAAUGAAUAGUACAACAUUAUUAAACAGUAACUAUUAAUUAGUAGAGAAACAAACAUAAAAAUAAACUAAAAAAACAAGUGAUCGUUUGGAAACUAAGAGCACCAUAAACUUGAGCGAAGUUUUAAAAAGAAAACACAAAAUAUGAGAGAAUGAGAGCGUAUUUAACACACCCAAAUCAACUCAUGCUAACAUUUCAUCCUCUACGCGCCCUUGGACGAUUACUGCAAUUUCGCCAUAUGUAUUUGUUGCCGCCAUAAUUGAAGAGAACCGGACAUUGGAAAAAUAACUUGUCAAUCCAGCCACCACACUCAUCCAACAAACCACCCAACAACUAUGUAAUAGUUUCACACCUAACAGGAGCGACAUCGCUUUCCCAAUUAAUUUCACCAGAAUCGUUAAACACUGGAACAAUAGGUACACUGAUAACAAUAGCAACAAGUUUAGGAGGGAAUACUAUUUGUACUCCCUCUUCACCCACACUGAUACAAACUAAUUACAGACCACUGAUAGUACACCGAUACUUGGCACACGAUCAACAAUAGCGACAACAGCAUGAACAGAAACAAUAGUACAUAACAAUUUAUCUUCGAUUCCCCCCGUGAACAAACAGCAGAACAAUUAUUUUUCUACAUGUCUUGUGUGUUUUUGUAAUAUUGUAGUGGAGUGAAAGAGCGAACGAGAAAAAGAAGUGGUGUCGUUUUACGACACUCUGGGAAAGAGAUUGAAGUUCUUAUAUUCAGCGCAUUAAUUUUUGAAAAAGAGAGAACAGGUUUUCAUUUUUUUGUCGCUAUGUCAUUACUAACGUGAACCCGUCGGUAAAACGGCGGAAAAGCGUCCGCGUACACAGGAAGUGAAAUUUUGCCGUUGCUUUUGAUUGAAACAAUGUUUUUCAAUGUGCAAAAUUUCACCCUGUCCUCGUGUGAUUUAUUUAUCCAUAACUUAACAAUAGUUCCAAUAGAAUCUGUAAACAAUAGAAACAAUAGUAACCAGUUUUAUCCACACAAACAUACUACGCAAUAGAGCAUAACUUUGAGGGAGGUCGUUUUCUAUUGGAAGCUGCUUGUUGUGACAUUUGCUUCCAAUGAAAACGAUCUGCCGAACAGCAACAAACUAUAUUAAUUUUAAUUCAUACAGAGUAAAAUAGUCAGGAAAAGAUUCUUCUUCUGAUAAAACAAAAUGUAAUUGAGAGAGAUAAUAUAAAUGUAAGCUAACAAGAGCCCACAACUUAAGGCAGUACAUUAUUGGUCGAAACAAAUGUAAAACUGUUGAUAUAAAUCACUCACUUAAUUAGAAGACUCAGAGAGAAAAAAAUUUGACAAACUACAAAUAGAACUAACUGAAGUGUAGAAACAGUUUGAUUUCCCCCUCAGAUGAUGGUAUUGAAGUCUUUCGUUUGUCAUGUUUUCACUACGAUUUUGCAUUGAUUUUUUCUCCCGAUAUAAGCACAACCAUAACAAUAAACAAGCAAACAAACAAUAAGCAGAACAGUAUAGAACCACCGUUAACAACAACAAACAAACAGCAGCAGCAGAAACCAACAAGAAAACAAUAGUACGAGAGUUAUGUAAUUAAUGUCUCAGAAUCAAUCACACAAACACACUCACUUACAGUGGACCAGAUUGGACCGGAUUGAACCGGUUCAAGCUCUUCACUGCAGCAAUAGUUCAAUCAAACAGGAAACUGUCUAAAAUGGUCAAUGGCCUUCCAGCCAAUUCAGAUCUUAGAAUUCGGAUUUUCCCUGUAGCAGGACAAAUGGACAAUUUCAUUUGAUUAGGUCAAUUUUUGUUUGAAUUUUUCGUUGUUAACAUUUUAAAUUUUCUUUCUCGCAGCAAACGUUCGUUCUAUUUGGUUUAUCGAUCUUUGCAUUAAUGAUAUGACAUCUUUAGGGCGGCCAAUUUGCAUUAUAUUCCGCACAUUUCAACCACCAAGUUUUCAGUAUUGAAAAAUCGCGAUCAUAUUUUUAGUAAUGUAGAUGUGGAUGCGGUAUGCGAGAAUCAACUUUACAUUUCCAUCAAAUUUUAGUCAGCAGAAAAUAUGUGUGUUCGUGAAUAACUGUAAUGUUUCGGAUAAGCAAUCGAAAUUAUAGGGGCCGGUCCCUUCAUGAUCUCAAAUCACCCUGUUUCGUCAUCAUCUCAUUCGUGUAUUUGUCAUAUACUUUUAUUACAUGUGCGCGAGGCUAGGAUAGUAAGGCAAACGUUCGAUUUUCAUUCGAUAGGUCGUUUUACAAAAUCAAAUGCUACCAAUGUGCAGUGCACAUUGAAGGAGGGAACACAUCUCAAACUCGCAUACCACACGCAUCUUGAUGAACAUCUGCUGCUAAAGCUUGGUUGAAACGUCGCGUAAUAUGAUGGCCAAGCAAGUUUUGAAAGACUUUUACAACAAUUACUACUUUCUAGUCAUUUUAGCAGCUCCUUUCAAAUGAUCUUAGCGCAAUUGAACAGAAACAACUAUCACAAAUGCAUUAUCUGGAGCUCAUUAGACCAGCCGAAAAGUCAAACCACUCGUAAGGGUACAGAAAGACAUAAACAUCUACAACUAUUUGGAAGAAGAAUUUUUAUUGCAUUUUUGUUUAGAAAACUACAAACUUUAUCCAACACGCAGCAAAUAUAACUUAUAUACAGCAAAACACAAACCAGACUCACAACCACGCCUACAACACACACACAUCAUUACACCAGCCGACUGAUGAAACAUGUUUUCACCAUAAAUAAGUAUAAUUAUUGGUUGAACACAUUAAAAUCAUUCAUUUUCAUACAUCUCAAGAAAGGAAACUAAUCUAGUAUACUGAUUUAUAAAGCAUUUCGAUGAUAUUUCAUGUUUGUAAUAUGUUGAAGAUAUGAAAAUCGCUAUUGAAAAUUUUGAAAAAUAUUUAAUUUUGAAGGUAUUUGUCACAUUUGAUAUUGAACCUUUAAUUUUGGCUUGAUUUGGCAGCACUGUAUCUUUUAAUUUGGUCUUAAAAUUAACAAUUAACUUUGUUAGAUAACAGUUUAAUUAAAUUUAAAUGCGUGAGGCAAUCAACCUCCACUUUCGUAAAUCAGAAAUAUAUAGCAUUGCAACUAGACGACGGUAUCUUUUUUAAGUUUCACAAUGCCAUCUGUGAGAAUGCAGCUCUAAACGAUACAUUCAAAUGUUCUAAAAUUUAGACAAUAACCAAGCAAAACACUACAAGGACCUAGAGGCUAGGUCAGGUAAGACUAUUCAUUUCGAACUAUUGGGAUUUUCCAUUAAAGACGUCAUUUUACUACGUCUCUAAAAGCACGCAAGACAUUUAAUGUCUAAGAGUAGGUCAUAGCUGAUAAAAUUAUCAAUUGACUUUUUUUUUCUACUCAUUUUAUGUGCAACAAUUCAUUUUACUUUCAAUUUGACCAGUGCUAUCGGAUAAAAUAACUUAUACUAUACUAAACAGUAUGUAAAUACAUUUAUAUAUUGUUUCCAAAAUAAUUAACAGCUCGUUAUUUGUUGAUUUGAUUUUCAACCUUCCGAUAGUUUUUCAUCUAGAACUAAAAGAUUAACACGAUAGUUUUGUUUGUCAUAUUCAAUAAAUUCAAUAACAUACUGUUGAUAAAUUUUUGAUUUAUUGCAAAUUCUCCAGGUUUUUUUUUCAAUUUUUCAAAUGUAGUGGAAGACAAGUAUCCUAACAGUUAAAAAAAUCAUAUUCUUUAAAUAAUUCAAUACAAUUUUCUUUGUCGUUCAGAGUAUGAUGUUGGCACUGUCAACAGUAUACCUUAGACGAUUUCCAUUUUUCAACAUAUUACAACUCAAAGUUCAUAAAACGUGAAUCGCAAUUCGAAAUUAACGUAAAAUGUACACAACAGAACACAAUUAUUUUAUUGGGAGCGUACGUAUGUGGCUAACUGUGAAGCAACAAAAACACACUCGAAAAAGGAACUCAAUCAAAAGACAACAAUUCUAAUCAUGUGCGGCAAAGUAAAGAAAAUGCGAAAAUUAAAACUUCAUACUCAUCGUCAUUACAACGUCUCAUCAUCAAAACACAUAACCCGCAUUAGCACUAUCUCUUAAGGUUCAAAAUUUACACGAACACUCAUGAAAGGAAACUAGGAGAACAUUUGAAAAACAAACUCUUCAGGAACACUGCAACAUAUAAAUCAUACAACUAUCGAAUGACAGUAGUUUAAUAAACGUGAAAACCGCGAGAGCAACACAGCAACACUAUUGAUUUUUAUGUGAAUUGUUUUCCUUGUUUUUCCGUUUCUAUUAUUCUGUGUAAAUCAAAAGCAACAAAUGAGACAACCAGAAACUACAGAGCACUUUAUUGAUUAUUGAUAUGGAUGAAAAGUAAAUACAAAACAAGCAAAUACAUACACACAUACACACAUGUCUUUGACAGUUCAUAGGAAACACAUCUAAAGCAGUUUUUUAUUUUAGAAGAAAGAAAUGAAACACUAUUUUGUUGUAAAAGAUGUUAUAGUAAAUGUAUAUAAGGUGAAAACAGUUUACAAAAACAGAAUUAGGUAACAAAUCACACACAAUACGAAAGAAGAAAAAAUGGUGUGAAGUAAAAGUGUGUAUGAAAAAAACACAAAUAAAAUAACUGCAGUAGGAACCACAUUAGCAUUUAGAAUACUUUAGAGGCGACAAAAAAGAACGUUUAGGUAUGUGUCUGAGAUAUAGCACUGUAAAAUGAAACAAAAAAGAACGCAAAGAACGACGUGAACAAAUCUGGACUAAAUUUCUUAACUAAAACAUAACAUUCAUUCACAAACAUCUUACACCAACCCUUACACGCAUGGAUAGCAAAAACGAUUACGCGUGAGAGAACGAAGAGUUCAUGAAUGGAGUUUGGAGAGGAAGGCAACGGUACACAUGUGUAUGCAGCAGUUUUUUCAACAAAAUCACAAUAGAGUUCGGGUUUUGUUUUUAGGAGCGCGCGCCGAUUGAGGAAAACGAACUUUGAAAUACCACACCACACAGUUAGGGAAAGAAAUCUGACGAAAUAAAAAUAAAACAAACGAAGUGAUAAAAAAACAUAAGAGCAAGAAACAGGAGAGAAGGUGAAUGCUGUAUAUACAAAAAAGAAAAAGAAGAAAUUUUAUUUACAAUUUUUUCAGCAACGUGAGAUAACACUCAAUUGUGAAGCAAAUCGUAAUAAGAGGAGAAAAUCUUUAUGACGAAAGAAAACAAAUCAUGUGCAGCUAAGCUGCAUUUUAUACGAAUUUUCUAUUGAAGGUUAUUUUUAAUUUACAUUAAAUUGAGAGAGAGAAUCAGAAGUAAGAGCGCGAGGGCCCGUCGGCGGCGCAUGGACUAAACCAGAAAAGGAAUAUUUUAACGGAACCAGUAAGUUGGAAAUUUGUAGACUCUACCAGAUUUUUCGGUAUAAAACAGAAAAUGGCGUGACGCAAGCAAAAGAAUGAAAAAUGCAUAACAUUUCGUGGCAAAUAAGGCAGAUAAGCAAAAAAUCGAAAACGCAACUGUAUUAGGAAAUAAAGGAACAGGAAAAUUCGGAAUUCGGAGUUCGAAGGAAAACAAAAUCAAGUGUUAGGAUGGAUAAGACAAAACAAGAAAAUAUUGUAGCGGUAUAUAUCGAUAAGCGAGCAAGUUUAGGCAGAACAUAUAAAAUUACGCAGAAGGUACCAAGUAAGGGCAAAAAUAACGGAAAAUUCGAAACUAAAUACAAACAUUAUUACGUUCGACGGACGGUAAUAAUUUAUGAUAACAUUUAUUUAUUACAUUUGUAAGAAGAAAGCAACCUAUAAAGAUUUUCCUUAUUUUUUUAAUAUUUUGUUUUAUUUUUUAUAUUUUAGUCUAAAGAUAACACACGCAUUAUUUUAGGUUAGGCGCUGAGAAAAAGUUAAUAUAAUUUAUUAAGGAUGGAAAAAAAACUACAAAUUAUCAACCACAAUGUCCUCCACAAAACAAACCAAUAGUGAAAGCGAGUGCGUUAACAAGAUGCAGAAAAUAGUCGAUUCCUAUUUCUUUUAUUUUUCUCGUAAAUGAAAAAAUCGCACCAACAUCCGUACUUACGAGGAAAAACUUUAUAAUCCCGAUCCCAGUUAGUUCCAGUGCACUGGUGCAAAUCGGCACUAGUUGUAAGUUAUGCCAUUUUUUGUAAAAAUUCUUACGAAGUAUAAGUAAACGAAAAGUAAAAUCGCGCAAUCCUUCACACCGUACAAAUUAAAAUUUAAAUGCAAGAAAGCGAAAACAUACUAGCUGUGAAGGUAUUUGAACAUAAUCUCGAAACAAAUGCUGGCCGAUUUCGCCGGUCCACAUGGAAUCGUUUUGAAAGGAUAGAAAACGAAGUGCUGUUCGAUCUAGGGACCAUUACUUUCUGCAUCCGCAAAGCAAAAUCCUUUCCCGUCCAGGGAAUGGAAUCUUAAAACACAAAUUACGAAAAGUAGUAAGACAUCAAGCGAUAAUAAGCGAGUAAUUGUGAGAGAAAGAUGCGUGUGCAAAAACAAUAAAAAGAAAAUCCCAUCAUGCUGCGCAAAAAAAACAUUAUCACACUCAAUCCAUACUCAUGCACACAACAAUAAAGAAAUAAAAUAAAUGAAACCCACAAGGUUUGAUAUGAUUUCCGUAUAUACAUUUUACAUUAACAGAAGAGAACUAAUACAAACAAGCAUAAUGAUUUACGCUUCCUUAUCAAUUUUUUACACACACACAACAAUCACACUCAGUCACAGAACGUGCAUACCGAAAUA